GGAUUCAGCCCUGGCAGUUGAUUGCAGGUCUCACUUGUCCCCCAGAGGACACCGGCUGGACUUUGCUCUCCUUUCCCCGCCCCCAGGCCGCGAAGCUGCUUCUCCUUCUUCAUUCGGCUGACAAGCCGAGCCUGGGAAGGUGGGUGGGUGUGCCGGGGAAGAGAAAGAAGCCCCUUAGUCUCCUGGCUACCUGUGCCCUACCCACCCCCCACCCCCAAUCUUUGAGCUUUGCAGCUCUGCUCUGGACGACCCAAAACCAAAGCCCGUGCUCCGGUCCGCUGGAGGAGAUGCAGCAACACCGACAGCAGUGUGUUCAAGUUUUACGGAAUAGCCAGAGUUUGAUGGAGAAUCGUGCGGAUGACAGCGGGAACAGUUGUCAUCACCGGUGGAAUUCUAGCAACUGUGAUCUUACUCUGCAUCAUUGCUGUCCUAUGCUACUGUAGGCUCCAGUACUACUGCUGUAAGAAAGAUGACUCUGAUGACGACGAGGAAGAGGAAGAAGGACACGAUCGCUCUGCUCCAUCAAGAUUUUCCACCUGCAAUUCCUGCAACUCCCAAGUCCUGGAUGGACAGGGUGACCUGGCACCCCUCCCCAGUGAGCCCUCCGACCAGCAUCGAGGUGCUCAGAGCCACUGCCCCAGUUGUGCCCCCUACAGCUCCCCCUUUUAUAUUCGGACAGCUGACAUGGUCCCCAAUGGUGGGGAGAGGCUCACUUACACUCCCACCUGCUACAAGGAGUUGGGGCCCCCACCCCUCAAUAUGUCAUCGCUCCAGAGUUUCCCGGUGACCCGAUCAGGCCUUGGACGUGAGGCCUUUACCAAUCCAAGGGCUAUUAGUACAGAAGUAUAACCCUACCCACCCACUCCCCCUGCUGCCCCAUUUGGAGCAAAGCAAGGCAGUGAGAAGCCCCUGCCCCGUGGAUGGUAUAUUUUCAUAGGUUUUCUUGAUAGAGAAUAUACGAUUCUCUGGGAUGUGUCAAUGGGUAAGGUGAGAACCAAUGUGAUGCUGACACUGAGUCAACUGACCACUGAAAGGACAUUGCAGCAGGAGGAGAGAGGGGGACAGGGAGACCCCCUUCACCUGAUGGGAAACGUUUGCGACUCAUCACAACUUUAAUUACCAUGCCACUUUUAUCAACUGGUGGGCCUUCUUCACCAGGGCUAUGUGCAAAACAAAUACACCCAUGGUUAUCCCAGCUCUCACUAAGACUUUGCAGAAUCCAGAGUAAGGGCAUAUCCAGGUAAGCUGCACUAAAACCCUGGAGCCCUCAGCAAGUCCUUGUUAGAAGACCAGAGCACACUCAGAAGAUAGGGGCUAAGGAAUUCUGGGACCUUGGAUCUGGCAGGGGAAAGAGGGGAAGGUAUACUUUGUGGGGGAAACAAAGGUAAAAGUCAAUUUAUAGUCUGAUCAUUUUGUAAUCCUGGUUUAGUAAUCAUUGUCGAGACUGAGUACUUCUAACACUUAAAGUUGAAUAGGAAGCCCUGUGACUUGUUCCUUUAUAGCAGACACAUAGACGUCACACACAAAUAAACUACCCCAUCACCCCUCCAUGGGCUACAGGUGACAUUGACCUCUUCUUGGGGGAAGAGACUUAAAGAGGGGAUUGGAUCAUGCCAAACUAUUUUUUAAUAAAAACCCUGCCUUGAUUUGGAGACCUAGUGAUGGCAGAGCUUUAUUAAAAAGCUGAGUCAUGUCUUAGAACAUGGAGGAUUUUUUUUCUUUUUUGGUCAUUGCACACAGAAGCCUUAUAGCCUUUCUUCCCUUUCUGGUGAAUCAACAUACCUUCCAACCUUGUUUGUUUUUUUUUUGGUUGUGUCUUUUUUUGUGUGUCUCUGUACCUCCAUCUCUCCAUCUGCCAAUUCACUGGGUCUGUGGCUACCCAUCAGGAGGUGUGUCUGCUUGCCUUUUUCUGUGAAUGUCUCUAUAUUUUUGUCUCCUUGUCUGCCAAUUAUUUCUGCUUGCCUCUGUCAAGGUCUCUGUCUGACUGUGUGUGUGACUGUCUGUGUUAGUGUGUGUGUCUCUCUAUCCACCACCCCUCUCAUCUCUCUCCAUCUCUUUCCCUUUCUUCCAUUCAGUUCUGUUCAGAAUUUAAUUGGCUUAAAAAAAAAUGAAACUUUGGCUGAUUUUUCCUUCAGUGUCCAUUUCUAAGAAUGGACACAGACUUGUGGCCCCCAUAUAUGCACACCAGUCACCGAAAGGUCAAACAGAGUCUACCACAUCUCCUUCAAGAGGUCAUGAUAUACCCAGAGAUUAUCUUCCAGUCUUAAAUGUGCAACUUUCAGUUAGCAUUUGAGUUGAAUAAUGAAGGUAGAUCAACCCACUGUGAUAGCACAAGCAGAGGAAUAAGCCAUCGGUCCUGCAAUACUGUCAACUACUCACUGAGCUUUUGCCCACAUGUGCCAGCAAGGAAAGGACUGGUGAAAGGCACCAGCCCACACCAGCUCGUUCCAUAUAAGACCAGCACCACACAUUGUGAAACAAUCUAAGAACAUGAAUUCAUUGAGCAAGUAGACUUCACUGCCUACCACAAGUAUAACCUUCUCUCUUUUCGACAUCCCCAUUUGUUACUUUCUCAAUGAGGAGGGAAGACCAAGUCUCCUGGUGGGUUCUUCCCUUGCCAUUGGGCUUGUGUUUUGGGAACAGAUGCCCCAGAGAAGUUUUGCAAAUACCUUCAGAUUAAGAAUGCCUGUGACCCCUACUAUGUAUUUAAUUCAGUUCAAUUCAAUUCAUACUUUUAUGGAAUGUCCACUUCUCAUGCCUCCAGUCAAAUAUCUGUGGGCUUGAGUAGCUCCCUUCCCACCUAACCCAUGCUCUAUCACACCUGGAGGGCAGUGCUGUCAAUUGAGUAAUAAGAAGCAUGGCAAGAGGGGACCCGCAGUCUUUCUGCCAUUGAAUACAAAAACUGAAGAGAAGGACCUAGAAAGGAGGGAAUCCCUUCUCCGUGGGAGACAUUUAUUUUGUCAUUUUAAAAGGAUAUGGUUCUCUACCCUGAAAUUCCUCCUUCACACCCAAUAUUUUCAGAUGGACAUUUCUUGUAAAUUGUGUAGAUUGACCCAAUCAAUUGACCCUUGGGGUUUAUAAAUCCAGUAAGAUCCUUAAAUCCUAAAUGAAAUGGAAAUGGUCUAAUUUUCCUGAUAAUUAUAAAUAUUAAUGUUCUUUAUCUUAACUCAAAACAUCAUUCUUUGGGAAUCUCUACAUUCAGUCUGUCCCUAAAAAGUGGGUGACUUUAUCAGGCUUGGUACAGCCCUUUAUACCUUCAGGGUUCCUUGACCUCAGCAGCUGGGCCAAUGUGGGCUUAAGAGCCUCUGACCAACUGGUACCAGUGCCUUGCUUAUUCUGUAGUUCUGUCCUCCUGUCCCCCCAUGCCAUGGAGCCCUUCUUUAUUUCCUUCUUACCUUUGUGUGAAAAACUCCCAGUGUACCUAGAGUGACCCUAUGUAAACCUACGAUAUUGCUCCCUGCAUCUUUCCACCUUCAAAAUUUACCUGGGUCCUUUUCUUGGUCAUAAACCAUUAAGUGCUCAUUUGUUCCUCCUUUUAGGGGGACCAGAUUAAUCUAGGUGCCCCCUAAUCUAGGUUUGGGGAAUCUAGAAGAUUCUUAGGUCUCUCACAUAUAUGUACAUGCCUGCCCUCCCUGUCAGCAAACCUAUGGCACCCAUGCAGGAAGGGGAUGUUCCCCUCCCCCUCUCCACUGGACCUGAGGAUAUUUCUCACAUCACCUGCCCUUCUGCCUAACUGCCCAAUGGGAGUGCUUCCUCCCUCCCCUGUCUGGGGUAAAGGGGAAGCUCACAUGUGGUGUGAGAAGGCAUUUGGGCACUUGGUCUCUAAAAGGUUCACCAUCACUGUCCUAGAGCAUCUCACCUUUGUCUCCACUCAAUUUGUUGGGAACUAAAAGUCCAGAAUAAUCUUGGCCAGGUGGGUUAGUUGUAGCAAUAGAAAAGAAUUCCACUUAAUCUCUAGGCAGUUUUGAGGAUUUUUUACACUUUUCAAGUCAUAUCCUGAAUGAGUAGAGGAGACCUGGGGACCACAUGGGGCUUCAGUCCUGUCCUCCUCCCUCACCUUGUUCCAGAUGUCUCAUCUCCAUCAGUGACUUGGAUGUGAAUCCAGGUUGGACAUCAGAAAUAAAAGAAGAAUUUGAAAUAC